ACAGACAGAGAGGGAGAGGUGGCAGGGGAGCGGGGGGGGGAAAAGGCGGCGGCGGCGGCACAUCAAACGCUGAGGGAAGCCGGCCGACGAUGGCGGAGUUCCUGGAGAAGAUCCUCAACAACCUGCUGGAGCCCGACACGGCCCUGAUUCAGCAGGCCACAGCUCAGUUGAAGGACGCAUUUAAGGAUCCGUCAGUGGUUCCUGCUCUCUGCAACAUCCUCGCAAGCUCACCAAACCCUCAGAUCCGUCAGUUUGCAGCAGUGCUCGUGCGGAGAAGAGUUGCUAAGCAUUGGAAGAAACUGUCAGUGGAACUGAAAGAGAAUUUGAAGCCAGUGGUUCUGCAGUCUCUGCAGCAGGAACAUGAACACAAGGUACGGCACUCGGUAGCCCAGCUGGCAGCAGUCAUUGUCAAGCAUGAAACACCAGAGAAAUGGCCACAACUUCUUCAGUUUAUAACUCAGUGGACGAAGAGCAGUGUUCCAGAGGAGAGACAGGUCGGGAUGCUGCUGCUGAGCACCGUCGUGGACAUCAGCACCGAGUCAUUCAAGCGGCACUUCCGCGAACUGAUGCGGCUCUUCCACCAGACCUUGGAGGACCACGACAACCCGCUGGUGGUCUUCUACACCAUUCAGACACUGACGGCCGUGGUGUCGUACAUGGGAACAGAUGAAGUGAAUAUGAUGCGUCCUAUGAUUCCAAAGCUGUUGAUCGCGAUCCAGACCCUCAUUCAGCACAAUCAGGAUCAAGCCAGCGAGGCAAUGGAAGUGUUCGAUGAACUGAUGGAAAGUGAAGUAUCUAUCAUUGUGCCAUACUUGUCGCAGAUAGUCCACUUCUGCCUGGAGAUUGCAGCCAAUGCGAUCCUUGGAGACAAUAUCCGGGUGAAAGCCUUGUCAUGUGUGAGCUUCCUGAUCAAGCUGAAAGGAAAGGCCAUCAUGAAGCAGAAGCUGCUCCCCAGUAUCCUGAAUGUGCUGUACCCCAUAAUGUGUGCGCCCCCACCCGAGGGGGAAAUGGAUCCUGAGGACCUUGAUCUGGAAGAUGACAUUGAGGACGAGGUGGAAGCUCAGACUCCAAAACACUUCUCUGCACAGGUGAUCGACAUGCUGGCUCUCCAUUUGCCUCCAGAGAAACUUUUUUCCCAGUUGACCCCACUAAUGGAGCCAGCGCUGAGGAGUGACAACCCAUAUGAAAGAAAGGCAGGCCUGAUGAGUAUGGCUGUGCUGGCAGAGGGUUGUGCAGACCACAUUCGCCAAAAACAUCUACAUCCCAUGCUGCACUGCAUGUGUCAGGCCCUCACAGACCAGAACCAGGUGGUCCGAAACGCAGCACUCUUUGCCCUUGGACAGUUCUCUGAGUUUUUGCAGCCCGAUAUCAGUAAAUAUUCCGACGAGAUCAUGCCGCUUCUCCUGAACUACCUGGGGACGAUCGACAACUCGAAGGGUGGCCAUCUCACAAAGGCUUAUUACGCACUGGAGAACUUUGUGGAGAAUCUGGGGAAGAAGAUUGAACCGUACCUGCCCACGCUGAUGGACAGGAUGUUGACAGCAUUGUGCUCGUCCAGCAGCAACCGCGAGAAGGAAUUGGCAGUCAGCGCAAUUGGUGCUAUCGCCAGCGCUGCCAAGGAGGCCCUGCUUCCGUAUUUUGAAGCAGUUAUCGUGCAGCUGAAAGGAUACUUGGUGAACACAAGCGAGGAGCUGCGUCAGGUUCAGAUCCAGUCACUAGAAACCUUGGGGGUGCUUGCUCGAAUGAUUGGGAAAGAAACCUUUUUACCCCUUUCCGAGGAAUGCUGCCAACUUGGUCUGAAUCUCAUUGACCAUGUAGAUGAUCCUGAUUUGCGGAGGUGCACGUACAGUCUCUUUGCUGCCCUGUCGGUGGUGAUGGGUCCGAGCAUGGCGCUUCACCUUGAGAAGAUGACCACCGUGAUGCUGCUGUCCAUCAAAUCGACAGAAGGAGUUACGGCGCACUACGACAACGACAGCAAAACCUUCCUGCUCCUGGAUGAUGACCUCGACGAGGAAGAGACAAUUACAGAAGAGGAGGAGGAAGACGACGAUGCUGACAUCACUGGUUUCAGCGUGGAGAAUGCUUAUCUUGAUGAGAAGGAGGAUGCCUGUGACGCUUUGGGAGAAAUUGCUGUCAACACUGGGGCUGCCUUUAUGCCAUUUAUGGAAACCUGCUUUGAAGAAAUUUUCCGCAUUACCGAUUAUCCGCACGUCAAUGUAAGGAAAUCUGCCUAUGAAGCCGUGGGCCAGUUCUGCUGUGCCCUUUACAAAGUCGCUCAGGAAAACCCAACAGACCAAAACUUGGAAGGUUUCCAGAGGUUGCUAUCCAUGGUGUUCCCAAACUAUCUGAAAACCAUUCACGAGGAGAAGGACCGCCUGGUGGUCAUGACGAUUCUGGAGUCCAUGAACAACGUGCUGAAGAAUUGCAAAGGGGAUGCGCUAAAAGAGCCAGGGCGCCUGGACGAAAUCUGCAAAGCCAUCCAGAAUGUGCUGCAGAAAAAGACAACUUGCCAAGAUCCGGAAAAUGAGGAGACCGAGUCAGAUGAAGAGCAGGAGGCGGAGUAUGACUCCAUGCUGCUGGAGUAUGCAGGAGAAGGCAUUCCCCUUCUGGCAGCUGCUGUGGGAGGGCAGAUCUUUGCUCCAUACUUUGCCGGAUUCCUUCCCCUCUUGCUGUGUAAAACGAAGCCAAGCUGCACGGUGGCUGAGAAAUCCUUUGCCAUCGGGUCGAUUGCGGAGACGAUUCAGGCGAUGGGGCCGGCGACAGUGCAGUUUGUGCCCCGGCUGCUGCCGAUGCUGCAGGCUGGAGCGCGCGAUAUCGACGAUGAGGUGCGCAGCAACUCUGUCUUCGGCAUUGGAGUACUCGCCGAGCAAGGGAAAGAAGCCAUUUUUGACCACUAUCCAUCUCUGCUGAACAUUCUGUCAUCCAUCAUAGCACGAGAGCAAAAUCGUCGAGUCGUGGACAAUGUGUGCGGGGCUGUGUCCCGAAUGAUGAUGACGAAUCUUGCAGGCAUCCCCGUGGAGCAGGUAUUUCCUGUCCUGGUCCGUUCGCUACCCCUGAAAGAGGACCUGGAAGAAAAUGUUACCGUCAUUAACUGCAUCACCUUCAUGUACAAAAGCAACCCUAAUCAGGUGAUUCGACAUUUGCAACAGUUGUUAGCUGUUUUUGGUGAAGUGAUUGGAACAGAACAGGUCAAUGAAGAAAGCCAGAAUGCCUUGGUGAUGUUGUUGAAAGACAUUCCACAGCGAUUCCCCCAGGAAUUUCAGACUGCCCUGAUGGCAAUUCCUCAAGAAGCUGCCAAGAAACUCUCCGCUGUGGUCUCCUCCUGAGUUCGUAUUGCUGAUUGGAAUAAACACCGAACGUAGCCAGUAUUCCACUGCAGUCACUCAGACACUACAACGCCAUUGAAAAACCCACUCCCUUGGGCGAUGAUGGGGAAUAUCACCGUUUGGGGUUCUCUGAUCAUCUCUCAGUGGAAAGUAUGAAGCAAAAUGGUUAACGCUCCUCUUGGGGAGUUUUUGAACAGACGUUUAACGGUUCUGAGGAGCAGGUUGCCACAGUUUCUUGGUUGUGUGUUUUUGAAACCCCUGUUGCUAAUGAGGGGCGGUUUAUUGUGUUCUGCUGCCCAGGAAGAAAGUGUUUCGAGACCGAUUUUGUGGGAUGAAUUUUUUGCAGUUUGUGAAAAUAUUCUUGAGUUCAAUUAAUAAAAGCCGACAAAAGAA